UGGAAGGGAGAAAAGCAGCGCGGAAAAUAUGGAUCAAUAUUUCAUGCGAGCACAGCGCCGCUUCUGUUGGAAGAAAACCCAACCCAUACACUUCACCAUUCACGAAACUCGAGGAUCGCUUCAUCAGUACAUUAUUGCGAUUAUUACACUAUUUUUGAUUACUCAAAACCAUGUAUUGGAUUUUGUUUUUCUCUGUGGCUGUUGCUGUUCAAGCAUCAGUAUAUUUGCCUCCACCUCUUAAGGAAGAACAAUUAUUGACCGAUACUCUUCUCCGAGAAUUAAUCAAUCAAAUGGGAAAUGAACUUAUCGAUACAGCAGAUUCCUAUCUGGAAUAUCAGGAUAAACCGAAAGAAAUUCCUCUUGAGCUACCUGCUGAUUACGAUAGUAUGGAUACUUUGAAUCCUAAUCCCAGUAUUCGCGAUCAAGAAUAUUUGCAACAUAGCUCAUUGUGGAGUCAUCAACAUAUUACCAAUAAUGACAAAGUGAAUGAUAGACAAAGAAUCAAACCUGGAAGUGUGAAAAAUAUCAAGAAUGAAAAAGAGAAUGCUUUACCUGCAUAUUGUACACCACCGAAUCCUUGUCCAGUUGGAUAUACCAGUAAAAACAAUUGUAUCGUAAACUUCGAAAAUACAGCAGCAUUCAGUCGAGAUUACCAAAGUGCACAAGAUUGUAUGUGCGAUACGGAACAUAUGUUGGAUUGUUCAGUUGAUUCUACAAACAGCAACAAUCUUCCAAAUAUGCAUAUUUCAAACUCCAAUUUCAAUCAAAUCGUGGAUCAAUUUCAAGUUGAAGAAAAUCCAUUUUUCCGGGGUGAAAAAUUGCCGAUUGCGGCGAAGAAAGGUUUAAAUGUCUAUUAAAUUGAUAUUAAUUAACAAAAUUAAAUAUCUGACAUAUCUUAUGAAAAGAUGUUAAGAUAACAAAGAUUGCAAAACAUUUAAUAUAUC